UCACACUGUCUCUCUCUCUCCGUCUCUCAUUAAGACUGGUGAGCUAGGCAGCAUGGUUCCUCCAGGGUGGACUCUGGUAGCUGUCUUACUUUCUCUUGUCUCAGUUCUAGGCCCAGUUGGUUCUGUUUCAACCUCUGAUAUCCAUCAAAAUGUGUGUAAGACCUUUGGCAGUGGAGUCGUCCAGAUGUUCAACGGAACCGUAUUCUACGUCCACUCCACCUGUCCCUUCACGCUGACACGUUUUACUCACAACCGGGUGGACUGUGACAUCACCGUGCGUCGAGGUGAAAACGGCCUGCUGGAAUAUGUCGAGAUCAACGUCAACAAGAUCCAGACCCGGAUUCUGUACAAUGGAACUAUCUUCGUCGAGCAGAGAAUGGUGUCCCUUCCCUACGACCACACCUAUCAACAUGUGUUCCAGUACGGUACCAACACCAAGCUGAGGAGCACUGUUCUACCUCUGUCUGUCAUCUGGAGCAGUGUGGGCGUGGGCAUCGACUCUCUCUGGGUGAAACUGGAGCAGGAGCUAGUCCCUGGAAUGACUGGACUCUGUGGACGACCAGAUAUACCAGAUGACCGUCAGCAAUUGAUUGCAAAGAGUGUUCAUUCAGAGGCCGGGUGCCAGACCAUGGACUCCCUCCGCGCUAAGAGCACGGUCUGUCAGACGUUCCUCUCCAACUACGUUGAAUGUCUGCAGGCUAACACAAGCAAAUACAUAAUUCUUUGUCAAGAGAAUAUUUACGGAUAUGAAAAAGAGCUUUAUGUAGGAUGUGCGUUCUUCAAAGAAAUUGGCCAUCGGUGUCAGACCAGCCAUGCUUGGAGGACCUUGACACAAUGUCCUGAGUUCAGUUGCCCAGGAGAACUACACUUUGAGGAGCAGGGUGAUGCGUUUGUUCCCACCUGUUCCAACCCAGCACCUAGAACCAAUGAUCAGGACAUCACCAGCACCUGUGUCUGCCCCCAAGGGCAGGUAUUGAACGAUCGAGCAGAGGGCCAUUACUGUGUAAGUGAGUCAGCCUGCCCGUGUGUGUACGCCGGGAGGAACUAUGCACCGAGGGAAGAACGCAGAACUAAAUGCCAGACCUGUAUGUGCAACAAUGGCAAGUGGAUAUGCUCUCAGAACAGCUGCCCUAGUAGGUGUGUGAUUGAAGGGCAGUUUGUGACCACGUUCGAUGGGAAACAGUAUACCCUUCCUGGUAAAUGCGCAUACAUGGCCUCGAAGGGUUUUAAUUGGACGAUAUCCAUACAUUUUUCUGAGACGACGUCCUCCAUCCAAAACGUGUUUCUUCAGAUUUACCAGAAUACCUACAGAUUCUCUCACAACAGUGUACAGUUUGAGAAAGAGGAAAUCCGAGAGCUACAUCAGUCAGACAACGCCAUGGUGUUCUGGCAGUCAUCCAUGUAUGUCCAGGUAUUGACAUCCUUUGGCAUGAAGAUGCAAGUACAGACGUCUCCAGACCUCCAGCUCUAUAUCACACUACCACAGAGUGAAGUAGGGAUGCCAGAAGGACUUUGUGGAAACUACAAUACCGAUACCACUGAUGAUUUCACCACAAGCAGUGGUAUCGUAGAAAAUGCAGCGGAACCGUUUGCGCUGUCCUGGAGUGUAGGGGACUGUCCUGUUAACAUACCUAAAGUCUGUAUCAACACCGACAACGAAAUAUUUGCAGACGAGAAGUGUCACACCUUGAGAGACCCCGGUGGGAUUUUCGCCAAGUGCUACGAUCAUGUGCCUACUGACAAUUACCACAAGGCUUGUAUCCAGAGAACGUGUACCUGUGGAACUGGGCUGCAGCAGUGUUUGUGUGUGGCCCUGGCAAAUUAUGCCAAAGCCUGUGCCAACCAGGGCAUCACAGUGGGUGACUGGAGAAGGGCCACCAACUGCACGGUACCGUGUGAGAACAAUCAGAGGUUUGACUACGAAAUGCAGGCGUGCAACAGCACCUGUCUCUCCCUAUCCCGGCCAGACCCCAGGUGUGGGGUGGAGGAUGCACCUGUGGAGGGCUGUGGCUGCCUGGAGGGCACUCAUCUGACCGGGGGGCUCACCUGUACCCCGAAGGCCCAGUGUCCAUGUCACCAUCAGGGAGGAGUCACACCACCAGGACCUGUUGCCAUCGAUGGACGACAGUGCAAAUGUGAGGAUGGAGAAUUGCUGUGCUCUGAAGAUUGUGGUUGCACCCAGGGGAAGGUUUGUGUGCAUUGCUCACAAUUUGCCAUAGAUACAGCUCAAAAAACAUGUGCCAGUCUGAGCAAACCAACAAGUGCUGUUCAGAAUUGUACAAGUGGCUGUUACUGUCCAGGGGGCCAGUUGGAAGACCAUAGGGGUGUGUGUGUGACUGUGGACAACUGCACCUGUCAGUACAGUGGCAAAGUGUUCAAAGCAGGACAGAGUGUCAAGACCAACUGUAGAACAUGCACCUGCCGCCAUGCCCAGUGGAGCUGUGUAGAUGAACCGUGCCCUGGUACAUGCCUGGUGUAUGGAAACGGACACUAUCAAACCUUUGACUCUAAAUGGUACCGCUACGAUGGGAACUGUCAGUACACAUUAGUGGAGGAUGGCUGUGGUAGGGAAGCUGGGUCGUUUUCUGUCAAAGUAGAGAGUGUCCCGUGCUGUGACGAGGCUCUGACCUGUUCCCGGACCAUCGUGUUAGACCUGCUGGGUAAUGUCACUCUGACUCUGAAUGAAAUGAAGGUGACGAGACGGCUCCAAGGGGGAUGGGCUUCUCUGGAGGCGGAGCCUCUGUACUCCACCCACACUGUGGGCCUCUACAUCAUGAUCUCAGUGCCUUCUAGAGGACUAACCCUCAUCUGGGACAAACACACCCAACUUACCGUCAUACUGGACGACCGUUGGAGGAACCGAGUGUGUGGACUUUGCGGGAACUUCGAUUCCAACGAGAUGAACGACCUGCAGAUAAGUGGGUCAUCGGUGGUGUCCAGCCCCCUCGCCUUCGGCAACAGCUGGAAGAUGGCCACACCCCCCUGCUCUGACGUGACCAAUGAGGUGUUUCCGUGCCAGCGCCACUCUUACUGCUCCGCCUGGGCCGAGAGACGCUGUAUGAUCCUCAGGGGAGACACCUUUAAGGACUGCCACUUGAAGGUGGACCCAGAGCCCUACUACCAGGCCUGUGUGUUGGAGUCGUGCUCCUGUGAGUUUGAGGGGAAGUUCUUGGGUUUCUGUACGUCCGUGGCGGCCUACGCUGAGGCCUGCAGUGACCAGGACGUGUGUGUCCGCUGGAGAACGCCAGACAUGUGCCCGGUAUACUGCGACUACUACAAUGAGCAGGGCCACAGUAGCUGGCACUACGAUCCCUGUGGACAGAUCAAGACCUGUGGCAAGAACAACCUCUUCACUGGCAAGCUGGAAGGCUGCUACCCGAGAUGCCCAGCAGAGGCUCCAUACUAUGAUGAGAACAGAAGGAGUUGCUCCACUUUGGACAACUGCACCUGUUAUUCCAACGAGACUACUGUUGAACCUGGUACAGUUAUCAGGAAACCCACUGAGAAAUGCACUUGUGAACAGGGACGUAUUAACUGUGGUCCUGAUCAAACCACCACACCUGAACCUACAACCACAGCUACACAACCCACUACUACAUAUGAACCUACAACCACAGCUACACAACCCACUACUACAUAUGAACCUACAACCACAGCUACACAACCCACUACUACAUAUGAACCUACAACCACAGCUACACAACCCACUACUACAUAUGAACCUACAACCACAGCUACACAACCCACUACUACAUAUGAACCUACAACCACAGCUACACAACCCACUACUACAUAUGAACCUACAACCACAGCUACACAACCCACUAUUACAUAUGAACCUACAACCACAGCUACACAACCCACUACUACAUAUGAACCUACAACCACAGCUACACAACCCACUACUACAUAUGAACCUACAACCACAGCUACACAACCCACUACUACAUAUGAACCUACAACCACAGCUACACAACCCACUACUACAUAUGAACCUACAACCACAGCUACACAACCCACUACUACAUAUGAACCUACAACCACAGCUACACAACCCACUACUACAUAUGAACCUACAACCACAGCUACACAACCCACUACUACAUAUGAACCUACAACCACAGCUACACAACCCACUACUACAUAUGAACCUACAACCACAGCUACACAACCCACUACUACAUAUGAACCUACAACCACAGCUACACAACCCACUACUACAUAUGAACCUACAACCACAGCUACACAACCCACUACUACAUAUGAACCUACAACCACAGCUACACAACCCACUACUACAUAUGAACCUACAACCACAGCUACACAACCCACUACUACAUAUGAACCUACAACCACAGCUACACAACCCACUACUACAUAUGAACCUACAACCACAGCUACACAACCCACUACUACAUAUGAACCUACAACCACAGCUACACAACCCACUACUACAUAUGAACCUACAACCACAGCUACACAACCCACUACUACAUAUGAACCUACAACCACAGCUACACAAUCAACUACAAUGAGAACUACACCUGAAGCUACAACAACUAUACUGACUACUACACCUGAACCUACAACCACACCUAAACAACCUACUACUACAUAUGAACCUACAACCACAGCUACACAAUCAACUACAAUGAGAACUACAACAACUAUACUGACUACUACACCUGAAUAUACAACCACACCUACACAACCGACUACAUAUGAACCUACAACCACAGCUACACAAUCAACUACAAUGAGAACUACACCUGAACCAACAACAACUAUACUGACUACUACACCUGAAUAUACAACCACACCUACACAACCGACUACAUAUGAACCUACAACCACAGCUACACAAUCAACUACAAUGAGAACUACACCUGAAGCUACAACAACUAUACUGAUUACAACACCUGAAUAUACAACCACACUUCAACAACCCACUACAACACCUGAACCUACAACCUCACCUAAACAACCCACAACAACAAGAACCCCACCUGAAUAUACGACCACACUAUUCCCAACGAUAGUUACAGGACCUACAAAUACUCACCAUAGUACAGGAGCUAUGGAUGGGUUGAGUACUACAGCCGGACAAACCACUACUGCAGAAGCAACCACAGCAUACAUUGAAACUACAACUAAAUUAGCAUCUACACAACCCACAACUACAUUCUCAUAUUCUACAACCAAAUAUGUUGAACCAACAUCUACAACCGAACCAACUUCUUCACAUACUGAAAUGACAACCGAACCAACUUCUUUCACUGAAAUGACAACCAAACCAACUCAUUUUACUGAAAUGACAACCAAACCAACAUCUGAAGGACCAUCGACUGAAGCUACAACCCUGUACACAAGUCAACCAACAACCUCCUCUACACGACCUCCCACUACCUCUGAAUCGACAACAUCUACGGGUCCAACAACAAUAUCUACAGAGUCUACAACACGUACAAUUUGUGAGUGUAGAGACCUGAAGAGGAACAAGAUAUGGGUGUGUGGAGAGAAGUGGACAGAAGACUGCUUCAAUAAGAUUUGUAAGGGUGGGAAGAUAGAGAUGACUUCGGUCACCUGUCCGAAUCCAGUUCGCCCCACCAUGUGCCCCAGGGGACAGAUGGUCAAUGUCUCAGACGGAUGCUGUAACUACUGGAAGUGUAAUUGUCGUUGUAACCUCUAUGGAGACCCUCACUACAUCUCCUUCCAGGGUGUGACCUUUGACUUCCUGGAUAAUUGUACAUACAUCCUGGUCAAGGAGAAAACGCUGCGUCACCAUCUGACUGUUAGCGUGGACAACUACUUCUGUAUUCCCGAGUUGGACGGCUCCUGUGCCAAAGGCAUCAUCCUGCAGUACCGGAACAACACGGCCACUGUCAGCAUCGUACCGGAUGAGUACAGGGUGAAGUCUACUCUGAACCAGAAGAACGUUGAGCCUCCCUAUGAGGAGAAUGGUAUCAGGUUUGAGACGACAGGCUAUAUGGUGUCUGUAUACAUCCCUGAGAUACGCUCACAUAUCUCUCUCACACCAUCCAACACUGUGACUGUCACCUUGGCCAUGGAGCAUUUCCUGAAUAACACCCAAGGACAAUGCGGUGUGUGCGGUGGGAGCUCUUGUGUGCGUAGAAGUGGGGAGACUGAAGCUGACAGCUGCUGUGAUAAGACCGCCUAUGACUGGAUCUAUGAGGACCCUCUGAAGCCUGAGUGUAGCGCUGCUCCCAGGGACAUCCCUUGCCAUCCUACAAACCACACUACCAGCUGUCCUGGCAGCCCCCUCUGUGACCUUCUCCAUCACCCAGUUUUUGCAGAUUGCAGUAGACGGGUGGAUCUGAGCCAGCUUGAAAAGAACUGUAGGUUUGAUUCGUGUGGUAGGAACGACGCGGCCUGUUCUCCUCUGGAGCAGGCUGCUGAGGAGUGUAAGAAAGCAGGCAUCUGUGUGAACUGGAGACAACUCACCAACGGGACCUGUGCUAUUGGGUGCCCAACAGGGAUGGCGUACAGAGAGUGCCAAGGUCAAUUGGAUGACUACUGUCACGGAGGAGUCCGUGUUCAAGGGAGAGUACAGGAGGAAGUUAAGGCUGGAUGUUUCUGUCUCAGAGGACAGUUCAGAGCUGAGGAGCACAAGACGAUCUGUGUGUCGGAGUGUCCCUACUGCAAGGGUCCACUGGGAGAACACAAGCAGCUUGGGGAGACAUGGCAGUCCAACUGCCAGGUGUGUACGUGUAGCAACCAAACCAAGACCGAGGAGUGUCAACCUAACCCCUCCCCUCCCCCGCCACCUCUCUGCAGUCAGAACUCAGUCCCGGUUACCGGCUGCUGUGGCAAACAGACUUGUGUUGAGAAGACGUGUAACUAUAAUGGAAGGACCUACAAAGUAGGAGACAGAUGGACAGACCUUGCCCUGCCUUGUGAGUCCUAUAGCUGUACCAGAGAAGGCAUUCAGACAGUGAGAAGGGUGUGUCCCCAUCAGAACUGCUCAGAGGAGGACAGAGUAUGGGACGAACAACAUUGCUGCUACACAUGUAACCAGACCUGUGCUACCAGGGUUUCUAGUGUGAACAUCACUGUAGACAACUGCACAGCAACACUACAGCUGCCCAUGUGUCAAGGCCAGUGUGGGACAGAGACAAGAUGGAUUGUUGCUCGCAGUGUUCUCCAACUGGAACAGAAGUGUGAGUGUUGCAGAGUGAGGAGUUAUGAGAGGAAGUCAAUGAAUCUGACCUGUACUGGGGGCUCCGUUAUGCCACACCUGUAUGCACAUGUUACCAGCUGCGAGUGCCAGAAGUGCAGUAUAUUGCAGUAAACAUUGCCUUGUGUUCUGAACGUAUAUACAUGCACACAAACCAAAGAAAAUCUAUAUUGAACUGUUAUUAAGAUGGUGAAAAUGUGCCAAAUCAAUGGUUUUUCUAGAUUCUGCAACCUUCUUAUAAUACUGUCUUGGUCGGUGUGUUGAGGGUAUACCCUACGGUACGUGCAGAACAGCGGCUUAAUGUUUCCUUGGUGUAAUAGGUUUUUCUAUAUUGCAUAUACUCUGUUCCAGUGCAGGAAGUGGACCAUUGUGUGUAGCAUAUCGUUGAUUGCGUAUGUAUUCCAUAGAUUUCACAUAGGAAAUCUUCUAAUGAUCAACCCAGCACUUUUACAGCUAAAUGACUGCGGCUCCAAUUUGAAAGUGAUUUUCUUAUUUUAUUGAAACGUUUAUUUCAAGAACUGUAACCACUUUGAUUUUGCUGAUUUAUUUUCAAUAAAGUACUGAAGCCUCUA